AUGUUAUAUCAAAUAUCUCGUAAAACAAUAGCAACAAACACUAAUAACAGUGUCGAUGCUUGGUUUUUAUCAAGUGGUCCUGAGAAAACCUCUGCACAUACAGAUGAUUUAUUUUAUGUAAAAGAUACACCUAUGAACAAUAAUUAUAAUCAAUAUCAACAGCGUAUGUGUUCUUGUUCAGAAAAUAGUUCGACAGUAUUUGCUACUGAUACAUUAUCAGGAUUUAAUUUCAGUCAUGGUGCUAGUUUGUCCGAUCUCGUUGAACACUGUAGUACGUUUAGUUCAAAUACAUCAUCCUCCGGUAUAUGCAGUACAUUUUCUGACCUUAGACAUGAAGAAAAUACAUCAAUGUCAUCCGAAGAGCUUGAUUUUAAUCUUGGCUUUAACCAGAUUAGUAAUAAUGAUGGUAUUGAAGCAACUAAUCUUGAUGAAAUAGAUAAAUAUGAACAAAAUGAAGAAGACAAUCAACGAACCUCAAAUAAGAGCAAUGACAAUACAGCAACAUUACUCGAUUUUGGUGAAUCUAAUUUAGAUGCACAUAUGAAUGAAUUAGAAGGAUUUCUUCGUAAAUCUCUUAGUUCAACAACUCUUAAUGGUCAUGUUGAAAUUAAUAAUGAUGAUACAAUAAUACAUAACCAAAUAAAGCAACAACAAGAACAGCGUGCAUCAUUAUUAGAUGAGUCAACAUAUGCAGUAUGCUCACCAGAUUGUUUCUCAGUGUAUACUAAAAAUGAUGAUCAUGAAAACGAUACAACGCGAAAUAAUAUUGGUACACGUUCCAAUUCACUGGGUAUUGUUUUAUUAGAUAGAAAACCAGCUUUAUUGGAUAAACCACCAAAAAAAGUCGUUCGUUUCGCCGAUAUGUUGGUAUGUUUUGUGUAUCUUAUAAGUAGAUAACAAUGACGUCCCAUACAUAGGAUACGAAAAAAAUUGUAUAAAGACCAUGUAAAUGAAAUUAGAGUGGUACAAGAUCAGGAAUAAUUAUGGUUAGUGCAGAAUAGAGUACAGUCGCAGUACUCGGGAGGGUAAGAGAAAUAUAUACUAGCGCUUACAAGACAACCAUAAUCUUACCCUACCCUGGAACGUAGAGUUAGCUAAGAUAAGAAAAAAUGUGGGCUAAAAUACACUUAUAGGUUCUAUAGCGCAAGGUAGAUUCAAGACAUGGUAGUCUCAUAAUAGAGCCGGAGCAGGGUGAAGAAAAAUUCCAUAAAAUAGAGUAAGCGUAUGAAGCAAAGCUUAUACUGCAUAUCUCUGAAUGAACUCAAAUGGAGAGAGACGUCCUCACAUCUUUUUUUGUUAGUUAUGGAAAAAAAUUGUUGUCCUUGAAAACAGCUUAUCUUAUCAAAGACUAGAAUUUUGAAUAAGAUUUCUAUACUUUAGACUUAUGUUUUGUAAAAUAUUUGCUUGCCAAUAUGAUUAAUCGUUAAGUAAUCUUGACCUAUUUUGGUUUUCUAUGAGUUAUUACUUCGUAAUAAUGAAAGUAAAGUUUCGAAAGUGAAACUAUAGAGAUAUCAUCAACAAAAGUAAAGUCAGUCCAUUUUCAUUAAUUUUUUCAGAUAGAGAAUGACACAUUUCAACAGUAGCUUUAUUGAAUAUAAACAUUGAAAUAUUAUUCCUUUUUCUGAUGCAGACAUAUACAGAAUAGUCUAACUUGUAAUUUGAGUGUAUUCCAACGAAAAUGUUCGGUACAUAUAAACAUAUAUUCUAGAAAAUUUUUUUAUUCUCUUUUCUUUUUAUAACAUCAAAACUUAGUAUAGGAGCAUCAAGUGUUC